AUGAGUCCUCAUCAUCUCCCAAAAGAGACUGCCUUGAGAUACCCAUGGAAACAACCCUGGAAUCCGGGGUUUUCAGGUCUUUCAGAUCCUACUAAUCCCAUUGUAUACGAUGAAAAGACUGAAAAUCAACAAAAUGUUACUAAACAGACGCCGCAUGGAUCAGAUGUGCAUCAAAUUGAGAGACGUUACAAGCACUUUCCAGGCAAUAAUGUCUUUUUCUUAGGAGGGAGAUUCCAAAUGUCUACGCAAUUUAAAGCAUUUGCACUUACACUGUUUGCCUUGCUUUUUCCAGGUGUGCUGUUUUUCGUUUUUAGUGCCUUUUGGUUAUGGCAUCAUGUGUCACCAGCUAUUCCUAUAACAUUUUCCUACAUCUAUGCAUUAGUAUUGGUUUCUAUGCUGAAGUGCUCUACUUCUGACCCUGGAAUUCUUCCUCGAAACUCCAACAUUUUAAUUUAUGAUCCUACGCAUCCUUGGUCGGUGAUUCCAGAAGAUAAAAGAAUUCUAGUCGGAUCUACCCGUUCUGAUUCAGCUUUUUUGAUUACAACAGUUUAUUGCCAUACAUGCCGUCUCUAUCGCCCGCCUCGUGCUAGUCACUGCCAUUUGUGUGACAAUUGUGUUGAAUACCUCGACCACCAUUGUACCUGGCUUAAUAACUGCAUUGGAAGAAGAAACUAUCGAUACUACUUUAUCUUUUUGCUUUCUUUGUUUUUCGAAGCUUUGUACCUGACGGUCUUGGGGUUUUAUAUUGCAUUUGCCAGCUUUCGGUAUGGCUCUGAUGUAAAUUUUGCCAGACAUUUACAAAGACCGUGGGCCGGCGUGUCUUUUUUUCUUGGAAUAUAUGCUGCAUUGGGAUCCAUCUUUCCAGGAAUUCUUUUGGGUUACCAGUGCUACUUGAUCGGCUGCGGCCAAAAUGUUCACGAAUUUUUGCGUUCUAAAAAUACUGAAACAGAAGACUUUCGGCCUUAUCAUAACAGCGUAUGGAUCAACUUUUUGACAGUUUUGUGUAGACCCAAAAACGUUAGUUAUGUACGCCCUCGUCGAAAAGAAAUGCUCAAGAAACUGCAUUCCAGUGCUUUUUCGUCUGUAUCUUAG